AUGAAAGAAACUGGAAGGCUGCUUCCGGAGAUGCUUCCAAGCGGGCCAGCACACACGCAAACCGCACCGUCUACAGCGUCUGCGUCACGAGUCGUGGAGAGCGCACCAGCGGUGCGGACUGCCUCGAGCCGGGAACACCGCCCCGGAGACAACCAGCCAGCACAAAGCUCAGACUGGACUGAGACGAGUCUGGGUCAGUCGAACCUGAGACCGUUCGCAAAGGUGGUGCAGGUAGAGGCUGGGUCACCAGCGGCCCAGGGAGGCCUCCUACAAGGCGACCUGGUUGUACGCGUCGCCUCCUGCACUGUCUGCGAGACGCUCGCGAUGACGGUGGUAUUUUCGGUUGUGAAGGGUUUGCGCGCUUCAGCACCUGAAUGCUCGGUUACCACGCACGACAUUGUUGUCGUACCAACUCCAUGGGCAGGUGCUGCUCUACUUGGUGCUCGUUUUGAGCAAUACUAG